CACGUGCGGAACCCGCCCGCGCCGAACCCCGCGGGACCGGGCAGGGCAGGAGCCCCGAGCAGCCCCAGAAGGGCUUGGGUGGAGGCCUCCACCAUGAGUUUUGUUGAGUACGAAGAGCUCAUUAAAGAAGGGGAUACUGCCAUUAUUUUCUUGGGCCAUGGCUCCAUGUUCCCCGUGCAAGUCCAGCGUGGGGCUCAGACCCAGACCAAGUAUGGUGUAAUCCGCCACUCAGCUCAUCUCAUCGGCCAACCUUUUGGCUCCCGGGUGACCUGCAGCAAGGGGGGCUGGGUGUAUGUGCUCCACCCUACCCCUGAGCUCUGGACCCUGAACCUCCCACACCGGACCCAGAUCCUCUACUCCACAGACAUCUCCAUCAUCACCAUGAUGCUGGAACUGAAGCCUGGCUCCGUUGUCUGUGAAUCAGGUACUGGGAGUGGCUCCCUAUCCCAUGCCAUUAUCCGAACAGUGGCUCCCACUGGGCAUCUGCACACAGUGGAGUUUCAUCAGCAGCGAGCACAGAAGGCAGAGGAGGAGUUCCGGGAGCACCGAGUGGACCGAUGGGUGACCGUGAGGAACCAGGAUGUGUGUAAGAAUGGCUUUGGCGUGUCCCACGUGGCUGAUGCUGUCUUUCUUGACAUCCCCUCACCCUGGGAGGCCAUUGGCCAUGCCAAAGAUGCCCUGAAGGUUGAAGGUGGUCGCCUCUGCUCUUUCUCACCCUGCAUUGAGCAAGUCCAGCGGACCUGCCAGGCCCUGGCCGAACAUGGGUUCAUCGAAGUCACCACCCUGGAAAUCCUGCUACGAGAGUACAACGUUCGGACCGCUAACUUGCCCUUGCCAGAUCUGGGUGGGGCCCUGGACCCCUUGCCUGUCCUGGGCGAGGCUCAGUUCAAGAUUGGGGUGCCCUUGAGGGAGACUGUUGGCCACACUGGCUACCUGACCUUUGCCAGCAAGAGUUUGUUUUGAUGCUGCUGAUCUGGAGAGGGGAGGAGGCUGGGAGGGGGAGGGAAAGGGGGCCAUGAUGUGUGGAGUUGCCCAAUUUUCUUCCCUUGGUCAGAGAAUGCCUUAUAUAGUCAGGCCUCUCAGGCCUGGGCUUUUGUGGAAACGCCACUCAGGCAGGCACUCAGCAGCCUGCACCCCUGGUUUUGGAAACCAAGCAAGGAAUCUUGCCAAGUCCUAUCUAGGGUGUUUACUUUGCAUCUUUUCACCCACCCCCACUCUCUUGAACUCCUCUGACAUCCUCCUUCACCCUCCACCCCCACUUCCCCUCCCCAACCCUGUGGCCUGGAUUAAAUUUAUUUAGAUUUGGGACAUGUUUUCCACUACCAUCCCCCUCAUUCCACCACCACCACAAGCUCAUUUCUUUGAGUUUUUAUUUUUGCUUUAAAAGAUACAAAAUUGUCCCUCCCACCACCCCUGCUACCAGCCUCUCUUCCAUAUCCCUCUGUGGCUGCUCUGUCCCACAGGGAACAAGGGAGCUCUCAGGGUUAGCCAGAAAUGCACAAGAUUUAAAGCCAGAACCUGGGUUCAUUCCCUACUCCAUUACUCCAUCCCCUUGUCAAAUGGCUUCCCCUUUCUAGACCUCGGUGUCCUCAUCUGUAAAAGGAAGAGAUAGAACUAGAACUCUAGGGCCCCUUCUGACUAAAUUCAGUGAUCCUGAAAGAUCCUGAUGACUAGGAAGAUUAGGAGCAGCUCCUAGUAAGCUAAUGCCAUUGGAGGGGAGGGGGAGUAGAAUACCAUCCACACCCCAAGCCUGGCUUUGGGGACUGGAUUCCAGCUGUUCUUAGGAGCAAAAACCCCCCUCCUCCACUGUUUCUCUAAAUCCCUGGGGAUGGAAGGGCCUCCCUCAUCCUUGCCCUGGAAUGUUGCAGCUGUAAGAUGGAAAAUAUACCAUCCGCAGCCCAUGGAUAACCCCUCUGUAACAAUAGAGAACUUAGUACAUUCUUUUAA